CUCAGGACAAUCAUGAUGUCGCCAGACGACCGAGCCCUCGAGGACUUGUUGUACGGCAGUGACCUUGGUGACGAGGCGGAGGAGGGGGAGCCGGGCGCAGUGUCCAUCCAGGAGCCAAUGAUGUGUGCCGGCUGUGGCGAGCAGGUCUGCGAUCGCUUCUUCCUAUUGGCUGCAGGUAGGGUGUGGCACGGCGCCUGCCUGCGCUGCAGCCAAUGUCACUGCGAGCUGCAGACACACCCCUCACUGUUCUGGAGAGACGGAAACAUCUACUGCCAGCAGGACUACUGCAGGAUGUUUGGAGGCGGUCAGUGUGCUCGCUGCUUCCAGCCAAUCCCAGCUUCCGCCUUUGUCAUGAGGUCUGGUGACCUGACCUUCCAUCCUCACUGCUUCUCCUGCCAGGAGUGUGAUGUGAAAUUACAACCGGGGAACUUGUACUGCAUGCAGGGCCAGAACCUCUACUGUCAGUCACAUUACCAUGAUGACGGGAGUGCCCCGCUAUCACACGAUGUCCAACCCCAGCCAAAUCUGAGAGAUGCUCAAAAUCAGGUUUCAGGUGAGGGGGAGGAGUCUGUGAGCAGUCCAGAGCCGCGAUUGGAUGACGGGGUGACAGGCGGGCGGACCCGCAGGCGGAGCAAGCGAAUCAGGACAUGUUUCCGCAGCGAGCAGCUCAGAGCGCUGGAGUCCUAUUUCGCCCAGAAGCACAACCCUGACGGCAAAGACUGGACCUGCCUCACACAUAAGACCGGGCUGCCCAAGAGAGUCCUGCAGGUGUGGUUUCAAAAUGCUCGGGCCAAACUGAGACGUUCCCUCACCUCAGACGACUCUCAGGUCAACUCGCCCUCCGCUCCCACCAGAGGCUUAACCAUGGCAACCAGCUCCCCGCCGCCGGCCCGCUCCCCACACGACCAAUCCCAGCCCUUCUCCACCAGCACCAUCGACCAUCUGCAGCUCUCCCUGCUCACCGCCCCGCUCAGCGACCCGCCGUUGAGUCCAGCAAUCAACCAGUCACAUCAGCUGCAAAACCCGGCCUUCUUCCUGGACUACGAUUCCCAGAGUGCACCAGGGUGUAUCUCCUCUCUGGAGGCCUACGAGGACUUUGGAGAGGCAGGAGGAGGAGCGGAGGGAGAAGUUGAUCCUGAUAGUUGUUUUGGUUCACAUUACUGCUAGUCGAGGGUCGUUACGUCCAUCCUUAAAGAGGUGUUAUUAUGCUUUUUGGCUUUUUCCCUCUCCUUUACAUUUUAUUGAGUUAUAUCUUUUUUGUGCAUGUAAUGACAAAAAAUAUUUUUGAAAAUGUAACCAUGUAAACCUGCUGUGGUACGAAAAUGAGCAUAAUACCACCUCUUUAACUUCAAGGAACAACUUUUCAAAAUGAGAGAACAGUUAAAGUUUUAAUCCUUUUAACAUGUGAGUUUUUAAUGUGAAGGAGAAGGAGAUCAGCAGGAAAUGUAAUUUAAUCUGGCUCUUACCCAUCUGUCGGAGAGAGGACAGUCAACAGUUUGAUCAAAUUACAGCAACUACUCGCUGCAUCACUCGUGUGUGAGAAGGAAAAAUGGCGGAUUAACAAUGAAAUCUAUUAUAUAGAGAGGUACACCAUAUGGACAAAAGUACUGGGACACCC